AUGCAAGAUGAAGGAGCACAAUAUCUGGCUGAUGCAUUGCGAACUAAUAGGACACUCACAACCUUGAAUCUAGGAUAUAAUGGUAUUGGAAAUCGUGGUGCACAACAUCUGGCUGGUGCAUUACGAAAUAAUAACACACUCACAACCUUGAAUCUAGGAUAUAAUCGUAUUGGAAAUCUUGGAGCGCAAUAUCUGGCUGGUGCAUUGCAGAAUAAUACAAGGUUAAUGACACUCAAUCUGAAGUUAAAUGAAAUCGGCGAUGAAGGAGUUGAACAUUUUAUUAUGGCAUUACGGGAAAAUAGGGUGAGUGUCAUUCUCUAUUGA